CUCGGGGGCGAGCACGUGCGUGCGAGAGUAAAGCGAGCGAGUCAGCGAGUGAGGGAGUGCGUGAGCGCGCACGCCCGCCCGCCCGCGUCUGCUCUGCUGUUGCUGCCCUUUGAUCCCUGCAUUAGUGUUAGUUAGUUGGGGGCUCCGAGGAGACACAGGCAGGCAAAGCAAGGCAAGCAAGCCGCGGCGGUGGUGGUGGUGCUGGUGCCUCCUCCUUCCUCCUUCUCCUCCUCCGCCUGCCCGGGCUCCCCUCUUUCCCCCUCCUUGCCCGACGGUCCACUUGAAGACAACCAGCCAGCCAGCCAGGUGCACGACCGCAAGCCAGAGAGUCCACCCCCCGUUGCCGUCAAGCUCCCGGGCUCCCCGGCGGUCUCCUCAAAUGGGGAGCAAGCCUCUUCCCUUCGUCGCCCCGCAGCAGGACGAGGAGAAUGUGAUUUAAAAAAACAACGGAGGAGGAAAAUGCCAAGGAGGAAGCAGGAGCAACCCAAGCGCCUGCCUUCACAUUUGGACAGCAAUGACGAAGGAGGGCCUGACGGCAGCGCUGUGGAGGAGGAAGGCUGGUUUGGGAAUGCUUCCGACACACGCUCUGAGUCUUCAUCCUACGGCGACACCAAGGACGAGCUCUUCCUGCAGAGAGGGUCGUCCCCCGAUGGCGUCAACCAUGACGACUGCGGAGGCGAGAGUUCGGCGGGCUGCCCCACGCCCGUCCACCGUGCCUCCUUGGAGCUUCUCGGACUGGGCGGGGGCGCCUUCUCUCCCCAGGACACGGUCUCGUCUGUGGUGUCGUCGCUGUACGGCGAGGCGGCGUCUCGUGCUCUGGGGAAACCGCUCAGCAGCAACCUGCGGCGCCUCCUGGAGGCCGGGUCGCUAAAGCUGGACACGGGGGACCUCCUUAGUCGAGCAUCCAGGGGCGGUGCAGGAGGCGACUCACCUCCAGUAGGUCUAGCGUCACCCUUGCCCCUGUCCCCGUCGUCCCACCACGCUCAGCAGUUAAGUGCGCUUGCUCGGAAACUGGCCAAUAACAACAACAACAGCGGGUCGGCCUCGCCGGCCUCGUUGACGCCCUCGGUCACCAACAUUAAACAAGAGCCGCUUGAUCACUUAAACUCGGUCACCCCGAGCAACGGCGGCGGCUUCGUAUGGGCAGGUGUCGCGGAUAAAUGGCCGCCAACAGGCUGCUCCACGCCGUGCGGUUCCAGCCUGUCCCCCGACUCGGCCAUCCAGAAGUUAAAAGCGGCGGCGAACGCGGUACUCCAAGACAAGAACGGCAUCUCCUCCACCGCCACCACAACAUCCUCCACCUCCGCCUCGUCCGCAGUGCCGGCCCUCGGCCGAGGAGACGACGCGGUGCGCUUUGAUGCCUUCAACUCUCCGUUCAGCCCUCAGUCUGCGAGCUCCACCUUAGCCGCGCUUUCCAAGAAAGUCAGCGAGCGGAGCCACGCCUCGUCCACCACGUCUGCCGCGCCGGCCGACCACCAGAACUCUGCAAGCUCAUUUCUCUCGCUCGUGUCGAUGACCUCCUCCGCUGCCUUGCUCAAAGAGGUGGCAGCGAGGGCGGCGGGGAAUAUGCUGGCUGAGAAGAAGGAGGGGUCUCCGCUGGCAGCCGCAGGGGUCCUCCAAGAGGAUGUAAAGCCCCUGCUGGACAAGAACCAGAAGGCCACCACGCCGUCAACACCCACCCAGGGCCUGGACUUGUUGCUGCCCUCCACGCCCAAAGGACGAGGCAAGCCCAGCAGUCAAGCAGGUUCUCCGGAGGACGUUGGGAAACCAUUCCAGUGUCCUGUAUGCGGCCUGGUCAUCAAACGCAAGAGCUACUGGAAGAGACACAUGGUCAUCCACACGGGCUUGAAAAGCCAUCAGUGUCCUUUGUGUCCCUUCCGCUGUGCUCGCAAAGACAAUCUCAAGUCCCACAUGAAGGUACAUCAGCACCAAGACCGGGGCGAGACGUUUCAGUGCGAACUCUGCCCCUUCACCUCCUCCCGCCACUUCAGCCUGAAGCUUCACAUGCGCUGCCACCAGCACUUUCCCCGCACUGACGUCAAGGUGAAAGAGGAGCUCACUACCGACACGGAGGGCGAGGGUUCCCUGAUGGGUGACACCGGUUCCAUGGAAAUGAGGGGGACUCAGGUGUCCCCGUUACAUGCGGACCUCCGGCAACAGUCGUCUCCACCGGGCGAGGCGUCAGCCAAUCACGUCCACAUCAAGGAGGAGCCGCUGGAGAGAGACCUGUCUGUGCUCUCGCCGUUCAGCAUCUGCAGGGAGCGUCCCGGCAGCAGUGCCAACUCUUUGGACCUGCCCGGCAUAGGCGGUGGGGUCCGAUCUAGCCCGAGUGGUCCAACCACGGCAUCCCUCUUCAGCCCGGACAUCACUACCAAGACGGCCACUGAUCUGCUUAUGAAGCUAUCGGCGGCCAACCAGAGGGAGGCACUGAAGUCUCCAUUCCACUUAAAGGAAGAACCCAAAGUGGAGGAAGCCUUGAGUCCCAGACCGGCCUCCCAGUGUCACAUUCAGCCUAGCUUCCCUGGAACGUUCUGCCAGGACGGGCUACCUGGUGUCCCGGCAGCCUCUGAGCGCCCAGGGUCGCUAAAACCCGGCGAAGGAAAUCCCUCGGCUAAGAACACCAUGCUGAGCCAGGAUAUCAAUGUGAAAGUGGCCUCUGAGUUGCUGAUGAAGCUUUCAGAGAACAACAAAGAUGCCCACUUCCAGAAGGUGAAGGUAAAAGCAGAACCCAUGGAGGUGGACCCGGCCCCCGCAGAGCUCACUCCGCCUGCUUCUCACCUGCUGGCCUUCAGCACUUUAGGGGCGAGCGAGAAGACCGAGCCCAUACCAGAGCCUCUAGCCCGCCCCCAGAAAGACCUCUUCUCCCAGGACAUCUCGGUCAAAAUGGCCUCCGAACUCCUCUUCAAAUUGUCAGAAAAAGUCAGCAAAGCCAACAACCAUAAAGACAGUAACAUGGUGGGAAUUAGCAGUCCGUUCUUGGAUGAGUGCUUUAGACAAUCACCCUUCAACUCGCGCUCCAAAAGCUCUUCCCCCGCAGAGGCCAGCUCCUCCACCAGGGCAGCUUUCCACGAUUCUGAAAAGGAUGAUGGCGAACCAGGAAACGGGAUUGCCCAGUGGAGACUAAACGAGCAGCUCUACCCGUGCCCCGUUUGCGGAAAAGUGUUCGGUAGACAACAGACGCUUUCUCGACACCUGUCCCUGCACACAGAGAGGAAGUACAAGUGUCACUUGUGUCCUUACGCCGCCAAGUGCAGGGCCAACCUCAAUCAGCACCUGACCAUCCACUCUGUCAAGCUGGUCAACACUGACACCGAGCAGAUAGUCAGCGCUGUCACGGCUGCUGACGCCGCAGAGCGCAAAAACUGCGCCUACUACUACAGCUGCCACGUGUGCGGCUUCCAGACGGAGCUCAACGCCCAGUUUGUGGGCCACAUGUCGCUCCAUGUGGACAAGGAGCAGUGGAUGUUCUCGCUGUGCUGCAGCGUAUGCGACUACGUAUGCAUGGAGGAGGGCGACAUGAAGAACCACAUAAGCACCGGACACGCAGGCUUGAACUCCAGGAGUCCCCUGAGCGAGACCAAGAGCACUUCCUCAUCCCUCUCGGCUCUCAGUGAUUCGCUAAACAGCUCCGAGGGCGGAGACCUCAUCGUGCACGGCAGCGAAGAACUCAAAAGCCUCCUCGCUCCGCCCUCGUCGGCCGGCAGCCAGUCCAGCUCCGGGAGCCACUCGGGUUCGGGGACGGAGGACAAGUCCGAUAAAGGAUUCGAGUGCGUCUUCUGCACGUUUGUGUGCAAGACACGCAGCAUGUACGAACGCCACCUGCAGAUCCACCUCAUCACGCGCAUGUUCGAGUGCGACGUGUGUCACAAGUUCCUCAAGACGCCCGAGCAGCUGCUGGAGCACAAGAAGUGCCACACCGUCCCCUCCGGAGGGCUCAAGUGCCCUUUCUGCAUCUAUUCCACCAAUCGUCCGGCAGCCAUGGAGUGCCACCUGAAGACGCACCUCAAGAUGGAGCACCGCUGCCGCAUCUGUCAGGGACUGUGGCCCGACCGCCCCUCGCUGGAGGCCCACAUGCGCGCCCACCGCCUGGGCAACCACUACAAGUGCGAGCAGUGCGGCUACCUGUCCAAGACGGCCAACAAGCUCAUCGAACACGUGCGCGUGCACACGGGCGAGCGGCCCUUCCACUGCGACCUGUGCUCGUACAGCUGCAAGCGCAAGGACAACCUCAACCUGCACAAGAGGCUGAAACACGCGCCGCGCCAGACCUUCGCCUGCCGGGGGUGCGCCUUCACCACCACGCACCCUUUUGUCUUCAGCCGCCACCUCAAGAAGCAUCAGGGCGGUGGUGCCAAAGAGGGGGAGGGAGACGACGGGACAGGCGCGGAGGGGACGUCACCGGUGGGCCCGUCCGCUCGGAGGCGCCUCCUGGGGAGCGCCGGCCUCGCCGCGUCCCAGGCGCUGCGCUCCGUCGCCCUGUCGCGCUCGCUGGCUCCGGCCAGCCCCCGCAGCUCGUCCCCUUCGGGCGCCAUCAUGGACCGGUACAGAAACUGCGAGCGGGUGCGCCUGAUCCCCCUCACCACCCUCUUCGCUCACGGCGACCGCCGCACAUUCCGCCGCUCCCGCCCUGUCCCCCUCUCUGCCUCCCCCUCCCACAAACACUCCUUCCUGGCCUACCUGGGACUCAUGGAGCGGGGCGAGACUGACUGACUGACUGACUGACUCCGCCCCCCCCAAGACUUGUCCAGACCAGACCAGCACAACAAGCUGCUGGCCCCCACAAACACAAAGACUGAAAAACUCUAACGCAUUUAUAUCAAAAGCUGCUUUUCUUAUAAGCUUAUCCACCGCUAAGCUCCUCCCCCUUCCUCCCGUUUGACACGUCUGAAUGAACGCUCACGAGGAAUCUCGUUUUUUUAUGGCUCUUUUUCUUUCGCCAGGAAAGACUUGCAAGUGCUGUCUUUGUCUGUUGCUACAACGCAUUGAGAUGGCAUGCCUGAUUCCGAUUCCGUGUUUCCGCUCGCUCACUUUGGUCACGAAACGGAGCCUCAACCCACGCACUUAUUUAUCAAAUCUUGUACAUACGUUUUGUAGCCCCUCCCACCUUUUUUUUCAUUGGGUAUGAUGGUCAAACCAUGUUGUUAUUAUUGCAUAGCUGCUGCCUGACGUCACCUCUGUCUCGGAAUGUUUUGUGUUGAUUUUGUUUUUUUUUUUUUGUUUUUUUAGAAAGCUAUGAAAAUCAAAUGUAAAUACAGAAGAAUUUGACAAAACCACGUAUCCACAUCGAAUAUCGUUUGCACUCGCGCAACCCGACGAGUCGCUUUAGAGAUCGUCUCUGCACGAAUCAUGUGGCGUAGACCCUACUAGACGAGAUCUACUACCGGGCGGGGGGGGGGGUUAUGCGGUCGCCACAGGGGCCGAUUGAAUGGUGCUUUUUGGAGCUUUUUGUAAUUUUUUGUGUACAAAAAAAACGGAACAAUUAGAAGGAAAAAAAAUGUUCCAAACUAAAAGACUUGAAUGAAUGUAUUUUUGUUGAUGUAAAAAAAAAAAAAUACGCAUACAAAAAGUCACAGGGACAUUUUGUGUGCUGGGAAAGUUAGCAUGUCUGGUGGCCUUUUUUUUUUUUUUUUUUUUUUUUUUUACUGAGCCUUUGAUGUCAUGAAUUUAUUUUGUACUAACAUGAUAGGAAAUAAUUCCCUGCAGGUGCAAUGAUGAAGCAAAGCCAUCUUGCUUGUACGGCAAACACGGUAACGUUUCAAUCAAUGUUGUUGUUUUUCUUUGAAACCGACUCAACAGCGCCUCUGCUGGCUGCAGCCAAGUAGUGCACUCCAUUUUUUUUUUUUUUUUUUUGUGCCUCCAUGGCUUCCACACUGAGAUCAAAUCCACGAUCAAUUCCACACGAUUGCCCGACCAAAUCCUCAACGAUCAAUGAACGGUAUUACGGCCCUUUCUUCUAUUCUUCAUUUGCACUUCAUUUCGUGAAUACUUCAAAAGCCAAAAGCACUUAAAAACCUGCCAAGUUGAUGGGAUAAAAAAAGAAAUGCUUGCAAUCAAGCUGCCGUUAGGUUUAGCGCCCCCCCAACCCCCACCCCACCCCCCGAGCGCACAGCGUUGCACUUUUCUCGAACAGGGGCAGCGGGGCAUUUUCUUUAAAACAUGUCAUGACAUAAAAUAAGCUUUAGCCAUCGUUAAGUUGCCCGUGUGGCCUUCAAGCGCGCAUCCCUUAUUUGUAAAAAUGACUUUCAUGUCUGCUUUAUUGUCUAUGUUAAUUAUGUGUGAUUGGACAGAGAAUUGUUUCGACCAAAAUGUACGUCGCCGGAGGACAUGAUAUUAGGAUGUAAUCCGUCAUGUCCCGUUUAAUGUUUUGGUUUUUUUUGCUUUAAGACUGUCCUGAAAUUAUUUACAAAAAAAAAAGUCCCGGUCCACAGAGGAAUUAUUAAAAGAAUGUUUUUUUGCACUCCUCUUCCACACCUUCAAAUCUGACGCAAAUGGCGCCCCCUGCUGGUCAAAGCACUUGCAUGACUUCGUACUUAGUUCCCCACUUCUGACUGCCGCCAUUUUUUCCAUUGGCACCGUUUUUACGAUCAGAGAAAGCUCAACCCCCCCCCCGACCCCGCAUCACCAUCGUCCUUCAGUAAGGCUAUACGCUGUAAAAAGCUUUUUUAUAUUAUUAUUAUUAUUAUUAUUAUUACUCCAUUGUUAAGGCUGUACAGGGUUGUGACAAUAACUGGUAAAUAGAUCAUUUGUACUUUUUUCUUUUUAUUUUGUAUUUGUUUUCUUUGGUAUUAUUUUUAUGUUCGACUUGCCAGAUUUAAAUGUAACAGGAUUUGAAAGUAAAGCUUACAUCAGAUAUUACGUCACGUCUUCUUGUCUUCUAUUUCGUCUGUCGCUUAGGUCAGUGGCGGCCAAAGUGCAAUGCGGGGGCCAUUUUGGAUUUGCCUGCAGUACAUACUAAAGGAUAGAAUUUAACAACAGCCAAAAUGUAAAAAAUGUACUCCAAAUUGUCCAUAGGUAUGAAUGUGAGUGUGAAUGGUUGUUUGUCUAUAUGUGCCCUGUGAGUCCAGGGUGUACCCCGCCUCUCGCCCGAAGACGGCUGGGAUAGGCUCCAGCUCCCCCGCCACCCUUGUGAGGAUAAGCAGUAGAAAAUGAAUGAAUGAUUAUUAGUACUACAUUUUUUUUAAUAAAAAAAUCAAUGAAAAAAAAAUCAAUAAAAAUAUAAAAUUAUUUAGAGGGGGCUUCAGAACAUUUAAAAAUAGACCUAACGACGCCACUGGCCCUUAGAAGUAAAAAAAAAACAAAAAACAUGCUAGGUUAAUUAGCGACUCCAAAUUGUCCAUAGGUAUGAAUGUGAGUGUGAAUGGUUGUUUGUCUAUAUGUGCCCUGUGAUUGGCUGGCCACCAGUCCAGGGUGUACCCCGCCUCUCGCCCAAUGAAGACAGCUGGGAUAGGCUCCAGCACCUACCGCGACCCUCGUGAGGAUAAGCGGUAGAAAAUGAAUGAAUGAAUGUUGUUUUGCAAAUUAGGAGUGGUCAGACCGGAGCAGGAGGGGAUAGAAAAGAAGAAAAAAGAAAACAGGGGGGGGAGUGCAUUUUUAGACAAAAUGUCUAAACAACGGACACCUUGUCAUCGGGAAUAUCACUAACAGAAAAGCCCCCAACAAUUGGGAAAUGAAUUCCAUCGAAAGCGUAGUGCCUUUGGGAAGCUAUCUAGCAUCUGGAAAAAUAACCAUGUUUGUCGUGUUCGUAUUGUCGGUUUUCCGCACGUCUUGAUGAGAGCGAAAGCUCCGUAAGUCACUUCCAUUGUCUUCCUGACAAAAAACUAGAAACAUUUUGAAAGGAAGUCAAAUGAAAAGAUUCCCAGCCAAUCCGCAAGGGGAGGCGGUAGCAUCAAGUUAAGAGAACCACGGAUCAUCUCAGGGGGGGAAGUAACUUUUCCUAAUUUAUACCCGCCAUCAUAAUAAUAAUAAUAAGCGAUGGGAUCUGUGGUGCGUGCGUUUUUUUUUUUACGAGGCCGAGUGAGGCGUUCGCUUGCCUGCCGCCGUAAUGAAAGUUCCGGCACGUUCCCGGCCAGCCAAAGGUUGGCCCUGCCUAAUGAAAACAGAUGAAGCAGAGAUAAAGUGUUUGCCGACAUUAAGGGAGUCAUUUAUCAGCGUUAGAGCCCCCGCGGCUACGGAACACCUUGGCGGGGCGCGUUCCUUUCAUGGCCCCCGGCGGUCUCUCGCCACAUCAACAGCGGUUUGGCGGUUACCUCUUCAUUGUCCGUGUUUACUGCUGGAUCCUUUCUACGGGUGGGAAGAGUUUAAAGCGUUAUUCUGUUAAAGAGGUCCGGAAGUCCUCGUGACCCCCCCGCGCCGGGUUCAAGCGCCAUCGGAAGCCAGAUCUUCCUGUGCCCCGCUCUCAUCUCGUUGGCGUAUUAAUGAAUCUUUCUGCUCCGUGUUUUAAAGCUGCUUAAUUAAGUUCAAAGCGGGGCUCGGGGCGGCGGGCGGCCGCUUGCCUGACCUCCCCUGUGAGU